AUGGGUUCUCCGACUAUAAGCCGACUCGUCUCUCCAUUGCCCGCGGCUCUCUCGGGUCCCCGUUUGCGCUUGUGUGAGUCUUUUUCGAGUUUCGAGUCGAUGCACGCAUCCAGCCGGGAUUUCCCCGUGUCUUGCUUUUUCCCUCCUUUUUUGUCGCGACCUUUUCCACUAUCGCUCUCAUCUCUCCUCACUCUUUCUCCUCCCGAAUCUCUUUCCUCCCCGAUGUCUAUCCGCCUCAAUCUCUCUUCUCACUUUCUCUCCUCAUUCUCUCUCUUCCUCAUUGGCACCUAUCUCUCUUCCCUGCAGGCGUUUGUUGUCGGACUUCCCCUUUCUCUCGUCUCUGUCUUUCUGUUUGAGUCCUCAUUCUCCUUUUCUGCAGGUAUAUCUCUGCACAGAGGAAAUAGAAAAGGCUCGUGGUGGCCGACCACAGCACCUGAGUUUCUGAGGGAACGUCGAUCAGGCCUUUGGAAGCGUCGAAGAGAAAGAGCCAAUGGACAAGAGGGAAAUCGAACGGCAGAGAGAGAGACAGAAAGUGAAUUCCUGUGA